AGGCCGUCGUUCGAUUUCCUAACAGCCAAGAGAGGUCCCUUAUAAAAGGGCCAGUGCUCAUUUCGAAAAGGCACAUCACUCCUCCAGUUGUCUUUGAAAACACACACAGCUCCAGUAGCGCAGCCAGUACUCAAAACAAAUUUCAAAAUGUUCAAGUCCUUCGCUCUCGUCUUGGCUUUGGCCGUAUCCGCAUCAAUGGCCGUCAAGGUACAGGACACCGCCAACGUGAUCAUAGAAGCCCACAAGGAGGCGGCAAAAGCUGCAUCCCCGCAAGUAGACUCGGCGGUGGACGCCGUGGCCGACAGCACUUACGCACACAAAACUGUGGUCCGGCCGGUUUCGCACAUCGACAAAGUCGUGUACUACCCACCACCACCACCGCCUCCGCAAGAAGUCGCCUUCAGCAAGUUGCAACUGUUGUGGCCGCUCUUGGAGUCCGGACUGGCCACGAUCGUCGAAAAGAUCACCGUGCCGAAGAAGUUGAUCGCCGCCGGCUUUACGUACGUGGUGACCAAACUGAAGGCCAUUGGUCUGAAAACCAUCAUCAAGAACGUGUUAGUGGCCGCCGCCGUAGCCGUUCUCGCCGCCGUCGCCACCGUGGCCGUAGCCGGGCUCGUCACCAUCGUAAGCACCAUAUGCGCCGUCGUCCCGUACAUGAAACCGCUGUUGAGCAAGAACGGUCAAGAAUCGAACAUGGACUCGAUCACCAGCUUCGCACUCGAAGCUAUCAGUAAGUUCGAUAGUCAACACUAA